UCAACUUCCAUGGCAGCUAGCUCGAGCAUGGAGAAAUCUAUGUUUAGUUUCUUUGAGGUCAAUGAAGAACAUGAUGAUCAAACCAUGGUCUCAAAAACCUCAGCACAGGAUAUUGAGAUGGGUCAAGUUAGACAAGAGAAUCAAAAGCUAAAACAUACAUUAUCUAUGGUUUUGAAGGAUUAUAAUUCGUUGCAAACGCAUUAUAACGAUUUUUUCCAACAAGAAAUUUCCAAAAGUUCUAAAAAUUUGGUUACUGAUCAUCAAGAAGGUGAUCAUGGAAAUGAACUUAUUUCCUUAAGCCUUGGAACACUUUCAAGUUAUAAACAGAAGGAUAGUCAGCAGAAGGUGAAUUGCUUCAGUACAACCAAAGAUGGUGGUGAUGAACAAGAACUCAAAUUAGGGUUAGGCUGUGAAUUUGACAUGAAGAAAGAUGAAAAAACACAGAAUUUGGAACCAAAGGUUCAUAAUUUGAAGAGUGAGAGAAGAGAGGAUAAUGAUCUUUUAGAUCAUAUUCCUUUGAAGAAAGCUAGGGUUUCUGUUAAAGUUGUAUGUGACACCCAAACGAUGAAUGACGGUUGUCAAUGGAGGAAAUAUGGGCAGAAAAUAGCGAAAGGAAAUCCAUGCCCUCGAGCAUAUUACAGAUGCACGGUGUCUUCAUCUUGCCCAGUCAGAAAACAUGUGCAAAGAUGUGCCGAGGAUAGAUCCGUACUAAUCACCACCUACGAAGGAACUCACAAUCACCCACUUUCAGUAUCCGCAACCGCAAUGGCUUCCACCACUUCCGCCGCCGCCUCAAUGUUGAAAUCCACCUCAUCAACCUCACAACCAGGUCUCACCACCACUGCCACCUCCACCUCUUCCUCAACCACCACCUUCUCCGGCCACCAUGGCACGACCUACAAUUCAAGGCCACCUCAUCAAUACCCAUUUUACCUACCAAACACCACAAUCUCCACCUAUCAAUCACACCCAACUAUCACCCUUGAUCUCACAACAAAUCCCCAUUUUAACAAAUCAACAUCAUCAAACUUUUUAAGAACUCAACCAAGGUUUUCUUCUUCAUCAUGUCUUAACUUCUCUUCACCAACUUCAUCUUCUUCUUCUUCCAUGGAAUCCAACUACAAGAAUCCUAUUAAUUUUUCAUAUCUUGGGAGACAAACAUCUUAUGAAACCUUUUAUCAAAACCCAUCAAACGAUAAUUUCCGAAGUAAAUCAAGUUCUUCAAAUCAUUCACCGGAGACAAUUGCAGCCGCCACAAAAGCUUUGACUGCAAACCCGUCUUUCCGGUCAGCAUUGGCAGCAUCGAUUACGUCACUUGUCAGAAAUGUCGGGGGUGGGGCCCGAAUCUAAUAAUGACUUAUUAUUUUUUUUUUUCAUGUAACUUUUAAGUGAACACA